CAGACUCACGUGAUCAGGUUUCCUAUUAUUUGAUGACGUGAACUCAGGUGUGUUUUUACCUGUCUACAGAACUCCUCUGUGAGGGACCUGCUGUGUGGUGAGGUUCUGACUCAAUUGAGUCUUAACUUUGUUCUGAUCACAAUUCUCAUACCGAACUUUUAUUAGCAUGGAGCAUAGACUGGGCUGGUCGCGGUUGUGGCCCGGUUCUGCCUCAGACCUUAUUUGAUUCCUGCAGGGUGACCAGAAUCUUCCUGAAAGUCUGUUUCCCUAACCUUAUGGGCCAGUCGGUACCUGCUGAACAGUUAGGAGCAGCGUGUGCAGGUCGCCGCCCGGUCUCCGCUCAGCGGGGCGGGGUCUCAGUCAGACCUGUUGUUCGGAUCUCGGAGCUCCGGGUCCCUCCUGGACUCUGCUGGAUUCUCUGUGGGUCUCCGGAACUUUUCUCGCGCUUUUGGGAAUCAGGAGGAAUAGAACCAGACCUUUUAGUGCAGGAAAUGUCCCCCUAAUGAAGAAGGUUCCUCCCCCUCCUCAGGUCUCCUCAUCUCAGCAGGUAAAGAGGAGCUGCCAUGUUGGCCUCCUCUGUCUCCUCAUCAGUCGUUGUCGUCCUCCUCCUCCUCCUCCUUCCUCCCUCCUACCCUUCAGAUGCCUCGAUGCAGUGGGUAAAGCUCGAUGGCUCCCCCCUUUCUCACCUGCUCCUGGACCUGGGGGCGGGGCGACUGUAUGUGGGCGGAGUAGACCACCUAUAUCAGCUGACAUUGGAUCUGGAGGUGAUGUCACACGUUAAGACUGGGCCUUUCCUGGACUCUCCAGACUGCCUUCCUCCAAUCGUUCCUCAGGACUGCCCCUCAGCCACACCCACUCAUAACUACAACAAGCUGCUGCUAAUGGAGGCGGGGCAAGGGGCGGAGCCAGGCAGCCUGAUUGUCUGUGGUUCACUGUUCCAAGGAAUCUGUGAGAAGCGAAGUCUGUCCAACAUCUCUCAGCUCAUCUACCAAACCUCUAACCCCGUCGACACACAGUACGUAGCAGCCAAUGACCCUCGAAUUUCCACCGUCGGGGUGGUGAUAACCACCCGGAACAAACAGGAAGUAGGUGCAGCUGGGGGUGAGCUGCAUCUCAUGCUGGUUGGUAGAGGCUACACCAGCAGGGGUCCUGGAGACAUCCCACCAAUCACAACACGCCGCCUACACCCAGUGAUUCCGCCCCGCAGAGCCUUCUCUCAGGAGGAGGAGCUUGGAAAACUUGUCGUGGGCAGUUACUCUGAGUACAACAACCACUUCGUGAAGGCUGUCACCCACGGCGACUAUGUCUACUUCCUAUUCUCACGGCGGGACAUGUGGCAUAAGAAGGAAUACCGGACAUACGUCUCACGGCUCUGCACCUCUGACCGCAGCUUCUACUCUUACGUUGAGGUUCCGCUGCUCUGCCGUGGCGGCUACAACCUAGCCCAAGGGGCGUGGCUAGGAAACAUCUCAGGUAAACCAGCGCUGUUUGUCGUCAUGGCAGCAGGGCAGGCAUCCACGCCUGUAGCAACGAGCCGCUCUGCACUGUGUAUUUAUGGGAUGGCGGAACUGGACGCCAUGAUGCAGCGAGCGCAGGAAGUGUGUUACACAGAGGGAGGACGAGGUGGCAGCGGGCAGGAAGAGGCUUACAUCGAGUAUGCCGUGUCGUCCAAGUGUCUGAAACUUCCAAAGGACUCUCUCUCUGAGUACCCCUGUGGGGGGGAACACACCCCCAACCCCAUUGCCAGCGCUGUACCCCUUGGAGCCCCGCCCACUAUCAACCUGAACACUCAGCUGACUUCUGUUACCGCAGCAACAGAGGCUGGACUCACUAUCGCCUUCCUAGGAGAUCGAGAAGGACGACUGCACAAGGUGUUGGUGCGCUCUGAUUGGUCUGGUGACCUGUAUGGCAGCGUGUUGGUGGACAGGAGUGGAGCGAUCAGUGCUGAUCUCCUAUUGGACGAGAGCCAACAGCAUGUUUAUGUUUUAACCAACGACCGGGUGUCAAAGGUUCCUGUGUCGUCCUGUGAGAGACAGACAGACUGUCAGUCCUGUCUGUCCAUCAGAGACGCAUACUGUGGCUGGUGUGUCCUGGAGGGAAGGUGUUCCCGCAAACAUGAGUGUGAGCAUCACCCGCUGGCCAACCAUUGGUUGUGGAGCUUUGAACUGACCAACCAGUGUGUCACAGUGCAGAGCCUGCAGCCAGCCAAUCAGAGCAGAGAGGAGCAGACUCAGGUAACCCUGUCAGUCCUCCAGCUGCCUGUCCUCAGGGCGACAGAGUCUCUUUCUUGUGUCUUCGAGAACCUCCCUCCUCAGCCAGCCAUUGUCAUGGGAACAAAUCUUACCUGUCAGUCUCCUGCACCCAAGCUCCUUCCACCCAUGCCAUCAGGAAGUGAUCACAUGAUUCUGCCCGUGUCAGUGAUGUUUGGCGACGUGACCAUCACAUCUGGAAACAUGACCUUCUACGACUGUGGAGCCAUUAGCCGACUGAACCAGAGUUCCCAGUGUCUGGCGUGUGUCAGCUCCUUCUGGAGGUGUAACUGGUGUCCUCUGGAUCAACUCUGCACCCACAACCAUAGCUGCCCUAGCAAGAACCUCAUCCUGAACCAGAAAGAUUCUCCUGGUCCGAGUUCCUGCCCUCUGGUCGUCUCUCUCAGAAGUUCCACAUUAGUACCCAUGGGGCUGAACACCACUAUUGUGCUGGAAGGUCGAAACCUGGACGUCUACAUGGAUGAAGCUCAGUACGUGUGUGUUGUUGAAAUUGAAGAGGUGCAGUUUAACCUGACAGCUGCUGUGGAGAAAACCGAGGACAAAACAAACAUCUUCACCUGCAGCUCUCACCAGUUUCAGUAUGGCCUCAGUCAGCUGCAGUAUUCUGCUGCCGUCUACCUGCGCAGAGGACAGAGACGCAUCGAUGCAUCACCUGGACUCAGACUUCACCUUUAUGACUGCUCAGCUGGCCAAUCAGAUUGCUCACAGUGCAGGGCGGUGCCUGAGGAGUACGGCUGUGUGUGGUGUCCCGGAAGUCCCGCCCCCAGCUGUGUUUACAGCCAAUCAUGUUCUAGUUUACCCACAGACACCUGUCCACCUCCUCAGAUCACACAGGUGCUUCCUGUGUCUGGGCCUUUGGAGGGUGGAGUCUUGGUAACAAUCACAGGGUCCAACCUGGGCACCAGGUACCAGGACGUGGUGGGCAGAGUUAAGGUGGCAGACGUCCCGUGUGUAGCCCAGCCUGAAGGAUACCGGAUCUCCACAAGGGUGGUGUGUGAGCUGCAGCGCAGUGGGAAGAACAGAGUUGGGCCUGUCGAGGUUACCAUGAGAACAUCUCCACCUGGCCGGUCAACACAGAUGUUCACCUAUCAGGACCCUCAGCUCACCAGUCUGGUUCCAGAUAAAGGCCCAAUUUCUGGAGGAACCAAGCUGACCAUCAAAGGACGACAGCUGCUGACCGGACAAACAUCAGACCUGACUGCCUUUCUGGGCCAGCAGCCGUGCUACAUUUUGAAUGAGGUGACUGAUUCCCGGUUUGUGUGCAAGACCAGUUCUACUAAUCGGACUAGUGCAGUUCCAGUUCAGGUUUUCUUUGGUAAAGCUGAACGGACUGGUCCUGACCUUACCUUUCAUUAUCUGGACGACCCCGUUAUCACCAAGGCUACACCUGCAGAGAGCUUCUAUGCAGGAGGGCGUGUCAUCAAGGUGACGGGCAGGAACCUGGACGUGGUGCAGGAGCCAGCUAUAUUUGUGUGGGUGGAGCCUCUGGAGGUUCAGAGAGUGAAGCGGAGAAGACGAUUGGCUCUCCUGACUGCCAAGCAGCGUUUGGUCUUUAAUGGGACAAUGACAACGGUGUCUGAGCGCUGCUCUGUCCGGUCGUCCUCUGAGAUCACAUGUUGGACCCCUGCAGUGAGUCCAGAGGUCAGAGUGAAAGGGGUCUGGUUUCAGCUCGACAACGUCAGGGUCCACUAUGACAGCAUCGAGGGUAAGAGCUUCACAUAUUAUCCAAAUCCUCAGCUCUUCUCUCUAAACCGAGAAGCUCCAGAUGCUCCGUACCGCUUCAAACCUGGUGGAGUGAUCGCUGUAGAGGGUCAGGACCUGACCAGAGCUAUGUCCAAGGAUGAAGUCCAUGCUCGGCUUGGAGAACAAGACUGUGAGGUGAAAACUCUGGACAGAACUCACCUGUACUGCGAACCCCCUGAGAUUCAGCCUCUGAGUGUGGAUGGCAGCAGUGAGCUGCCAAGUCUAAAGGUAUUCAUGGGAAACCUGCAGGUGGACCUGGGACCGGUUCAGUACGACAGUGACUCGUUGUUGUCCCCCAUCCCACUGGCGGCUCAGAUCAGUCUGGGCACUGGAGCUGCUGUCAUCAUCCUGUUGGUGUUGGUUGUCAUUCUUAUGUACAGGAGGAAAAGUAAACAGGCACUCCGAGAUUAUAAGAAGGUUCUGCUGCAGCUGGAAACUCUGGAGAUCAAUGUGGGAGAUCAAUGCCGUAAAGAGUUCACAGACCUCAUGACAGAAAUGAUGGACCUAAGCAGUGAUGUCGGAGGACCUGGUCUUCCUCUGCUUGACUACAAGACUUACGCAGAGAGAAUCUUUUUCCCUGGCCAGCAGAUAGCGCCGCUGAGCCGCCAACUGGACCUGCCAGAGUCCAGGAGACCGACCGUGGAGCAGGGCCUUCAGCAGCUCAACAACCUGCUCAACAAUAGACUCUUCCUCACCAGGUUCAUCCACACUCUGGAGGCCCAGCAGGGGUUCUCUCAGAGGGACCGAGGCUACGUGGCCAGCCUGCUCACCAUAGCUCUUCAUGAUAAGCUGGAGUACUUUACUGAAGUCAUGAAGACGUUGCUGCAGGACCUGGUGCAGCAGUACGUCGCCAAAAACCCCAAACUCAUGCUACGCCGGACAGAGACAGUUGUUGAGAAGAUGUUGACCAACUGGAUGUCCAUCUGCCUCUAUUCUUUCCUGAAGGAGGUGGCAGGGGAGCCUCUCUACAUGCUCUACAGAGCCAUAAAGUAUCAGGUGGACAAGGGGCCGGUGGACGCUGUGACUGGAAAGGCCAAACGGACACUCAACGACAGCCAUCUGCUGCGAGAGGACAUAGAUUACUCUGCCAUGACUUUGAACGUCCUGGUAAAGAAUGGAGUAGAGGUUCAACCAUGUCCUGUUAAAAUACUUGACACUGACACCAUCACACAGGUGAAAGAUAAAAUCCUGGAUCAGGUCUACAGAGGAGCUCCGUUCUCUCAGAGACCAGCAGCUGACAGUCUGGACUUGGAAUGGCGUUCAGGCCAGGCAGGUCACCUGACUCUUUCAGAUGAAGACGUCACAGCAGUGGUUCACGGCCGUUGGAAACGGCUCAACACGCUGCAGCACUACAAAGUUCCAGAUGGAGCCACAGUUGCUUUGAUCCCUCGAUUUCACAGUUCAGGAGUCAACCAGGUGUUUCAGACUGGAGAAAAAACACCAAUGCUGGAAGGUGAGGAAGAGGAAGGUCUGCGUCUGUGGCACCUGGUGAAGAGCAGUGAAGAUCCGGAAAUUCCAAAGCACCGGAAGAGCAGCAUGAGGGAACGGGAGAGAGCCAAGGCCAUACCUGAGAUUUACUUGACUAGACUGCUGUCCAUGAAGGGGACGCUGCAGAAGUUUGUGGACGAUGUCUUCGUGGCUAUCCUUAGCACUAAGCGUCCUCCUCCCAUUGCUGUCAGGUUUUUCUUUGACUUUCUUGACGACAUGGCAGAGAAACAUGGAAUAGAUGACCCAGAGACCGUCCAUAUCUGGAAGACAAACAGUCUCCCCCUGAGGUUUUGGGUCAACAUCCUGAAGAACCCACAGUUUGUUCUUGAUGUUCAGGUAACUGACAGCAUCGACGCCGUGCUCUCAGUGAUCGCUCAAACCUUCAUCGACUCGUGUACCACCUCAGAACACAAAGUGGGACGGGACUCUCCUGUUAACAAACUGCUGUAUGCCAGAGAGAUCCCGCGUUACAAACAGUUGGUGGAGAGAUACUACAGUGAUAUCCACAGCGCUGCAUCAGGAUGUUAUCAGGAGAUGAACUCUACUCUGACUGAACUCUCUGGGAGUUUUGCCUCAGAGAUGAACAGUCUUGUUGCUCUUCAUGAACUAUACAAGUACAUCAAUAAAUAUUACGACCAGAUCAUUAUGUCCCUGGAAGAAGACACCUCAGGUCAGAAGAUGCAGUUGGCCUAUCGGCUGCAGCAGGUCGCUGCUCUGGUGGAGAACAAAGUCACUGACCUCUGAAAUGUAACACCUGAAGAAGAGGAUGAAGAGAUAGGGACUGAAGCACCUGAACUGAUUGUCUGUCUGUCUGUGUGGGGGACAUUUAGUGUUUUUAUAAUCGGUCUUCCGGUUCUCUCACAUAACAGCCGCUGCCAACUAACAUCAAACUAACGACAAUCCAACCAGUCAGAUCAGGGAACAAAAUUGUCACCUGCUGCCUUGCACUACAAUUCCCAGAGUUCUCUGCUGUCUGAGUCAAAAAGCACAACUCAAAAAGUUUCUUCUCUUAUUGUAUAGAUUAUUGGCCUGCUGUUUUAUAUGUUUUUCUACUGAAGUCAGCAGAUUGGACCCCAAACAUCCCAACAGUUCUGGGAGCUGUUGGAACGCAAUAACAGAAUCUGAAUCAGGGAGCAUUCUCAUCAUGUUUCAGUGUGACUCCACUUCCUGAAAGUUAAAUGAUAAAUUGCUCUUAGACAGCACACACAGGGAUGAUGUCACAAGGAGCUCUGGUUACAACUGAAAGCUGAAGCACAGCUGAAGAUCAAGCUUUACUGAAGCCCUGCUUGUCCAAAACUGAGAGACCUUCCAGGAGUCUGGAGAUUGAGAUGUUUCCUUUGAAAAAUUGACACUACUAAUAAUGAACCAAAUGAUGUUGGUCCAGUUACUCCAGAUUUACACAGCCAGCAGAACAGAAGCAGACUGGGAUCAGAGUUGGAGUGAAGAUGUGAUCCAGCUGGUCUCGUUAAACUCAUUCAGGUCAUCAUGGAGAACAUUCAUUUCUGCUUUAAUGUUCAGAAGAGAAUCUGGUACUGCAGACUGGUAUCUCCAGACCACUGACAGGUUUGCCGAUUACUGUUUCCAUUAUUGAGUAGUCAUUUUGGCUGUUGGACAUGGACUAGGACUGGUUAAAGGCUCUCACAUAGUCAGACAUGCUUCACUCAGUGGACAUCUGCGUGUACCCGAGGUGGACUCAAUGCAGACAUCUGCAGGACACAUCCCUGUAAUGCUCAAGUUUUUCAACGUACUCUGCAUAACACAAUAAACUGCUCAGCAGCAAAA